AUGUCGUUUCUACGGUCUUCCCAAAACUCCCUCCGACUUCCCAGAGCCUGCACGCAGGUCCCCCGAUCAACAAGAUGGCUUUCACAGACACCGCCACGGCGGCUAGGCGAGCCCGACCCGAAAGCUGUCCCCGACGUCCAAGCCAUGCAAAUGACCGAAGAUCAAGCUUCAAUGGUCGAGAUCGAGAACAAGAACGACGCGGCGGUCAAAAAAUACCAUCCUGACCACCAACCUGAUUAUACUGCAAUGGUGGAUCACGGAACAUCAUGCUACUCGCCUGUUCCCAAGAGAGUGAUGAAUGGCAGUGAACCCGGCGAGGUCACGCCCGCUGCUGUCUUAUCUGGAGCUCCUGUGGAUUUACAAGCUCGAACAGUCAGAAUCUACAAACCCGCGAAACCCGCAACUCAGUCCGGAACAUGGGGCUCGCAUGCCUGGCGCAUGGACUGGGAUGUGCUGGGCAAGGGCCACCGGUGGGAGAAUCCCCUGAUGGGCUGGCAGUCGUCGGCGGAUUUCAUGCAAGCAACCAGAAUCAACUUCAGAACGAAAGAGGAGGCCAUUGCGUUCGCUGAGAAGCAGGGUUAUGAGUGGUAUGUGCAGGAGCCACAGGUUAGGAGGUUCGUGCCCAAGGCAUAUGCGAAUAAUUUCUUGCACGAACCGAAUAAGUUGAAACAUAUCAAGACGAAAUAG